AACACUUUGACUCUCUCUCUCUCUCUCUCUCUCUCUCUCUCUCUCUCUCUCUCUCCCGUUCCGCAUAGGAUAGAAAGAAAAAAAGCAGAAGUUAAGGAAUGGACAUACCAUUCCCUUCUGCCCUGAAAUCCCUAAACAGCUUAGCUUCAGCAUCAAACCCUUUUCAUUUUCGAUCCAAACUUUCUCUUUUUCGUCACACAAUCUCUUUACUUCACUUCAAACAUCCCACCUCACCUUUUCCCUCCAUUUCCAUUUCUUCUCCUCGCUUCUCUCUCCUUUCCUCUCUCAGUAAUGGUUCUGCUACUGCUGCUGCUGAGAUAAGCAAGGAAGGUAGUCUGCCUCAGGGUGUUGGACAGGGGGUUAAUGAAUCUUCACAUUCGAAGAUUCUUCAAGUUGUACUUGUUUCCCCUCAGAUUCCAGGAAACACUGGCUGCAUUGCUAGAACAUGUGCAGCAUCAGCUGUUGGACUACACUUAGUUGGGCCAUUAGGAUAUAAGGUGGAUGAUACCAAACUAAAGCGAGCUGGAUUGGACUACUGGCCAUACGUAAUUGUUAAAAUUCACGAUUCUUGGGAAGGUUUUCGUGAUUACUUUUUGCAACAGGAGGGUGAAAAGCGGUUGCUAGCAUUUACAAAGAGGGGAACAAAAAUUCAUUCUGACUUUUCAUACAGAAAAGGCGAUUAUCUUUUAUUUGGCGCUGAAACUACUGGUCUUCCACCAGAAGCACUGUUAGAUUGCAAAACUGAACCAUAUGGUGGUGGUACUAUUAAGAUCCCAAUGGUUGAAACAUAUGUAAGGUGUUUAAAUCUAUCAGUAAGUGUUGGCAUAGCUUUGUAUGAAGCUUCUAGACAACUAAACUAUGAAUCACUUCAGAUACCUUCAGAAACAUGUAUUGAUACUGAGGAGGAAUCAUUCAUUACUGAAGACAUUUUUGGCUGAUUAUUAUAUAAUUUAUUUCAUUUCAAUA